AUGCUCACCUUAAGGAGAGUUUUGGUUCACUCUAACUUACCCAUUUCCCUCCGCCACUGGAACAGCUCCACAAAGUCCCCAUACCCUAAAACAUCACCGAGCCUGUUAAAGUCACCAACAGAGACUGAGCUGAGAAUAAAGGGGAUCAUGGAGAAAUUAGACCAGCUGAUCCCACCCAGACCCUUCACCCACGUGAGCUCCACCACCAGCACCACACACAGCAAAGCCACCCUCCUCCGCCCUCAAGAAUACUGCAGGGGGGAUCAGCUAGACGUCCUGCUGGAGGUGAGGGACCACUUGGGACGCAGGAAGGAAUACGGCGGGGAUUCCCUGAGGGCCGGGAUGUCCUCCCCAGCCCUGAAGGCAGGCGCUUCGGGAAAGGUGACAGACUUCAACAAUGGCACCUACCUUGUCAGCUUCACCCUGUUCUGGGGGGGCCGGGUGUCUCUGUCUCUCCUGCUCAUCCUCCCCAGAGAAGGGGUGUCGGCUCUCUGGAGGGCAAGGAACCAAGGCUAUGACAGGGUGAUCUUCACAGGCCAGUUUGCCAGGGGCACCUCCCAUGUCAAUACUGAUUGCGCCCUGGUUGUAAAUUCAAGUGCUGAACUAUGUACCUGGAUACUCGUGACCAAGAAUUCUACUUUCUGACCUCAACACAUACUCUGUGAGGCCCUGAAUGACAUGACCACCAGGAAUGGAGAAAUUUCUUAUCUUACUGUCAAGGAAGAAGCCUUUUUUCACAGGUCCAGAGUAGGAGUUGAAAUGAUGAAACAUCUUAACCACAUUGAUGACACCAACUGUCAGACCAGUGAGAUUCAGGUUAGGGACCAAGGCCUAAGUCAGCACAGCAUCAGCAAAGAUGGCCAAGGAAUGACAGAACUUCAAGAUUCAGUUAAUACAAUUAAGAUAAAUGGAUGGUUAAAAGGAAAACUCGUUUACCUCCUGGGAGACUCUACCCUGCGGUACUGGAUGCACUACCUGCUCAAAGUUGUAAAAAGUAUCACUAAAAUUUUUUAUCUUCAUGGAACUAGAAUUUUUAAGAAACAAUUCCCUCUGGAUACAGAAAGACACAUUCAGAGUCAGUGGGAAAAACAUAGCUACCCUUUUAUCACUUCCUAUUCUGUGAUAGAUGAGGAUUAUAUCCCUCAGGAAACUGACCAGAUGUCAGCCAUCAUCCAAAGAAACACAGCCAUCACCACACUUGGCUAGCACUUCAGACCCUUCCACAUUGACAUUUUCAUUCGCAGGGCCAUCAGUGUCGGAAAGGCUAUUGAAUGACUCCUCCUAAGAAGCCUGGCCACUAAAAUGAUCCUUAAAACAGAAAACAUCAGGGAGAUACACAUAGACACAGAGAGGUUUGGAGACAUCCAUGGUAACAUUCAAUACCUUACCAGGAAGGACAUUUUCAAAGAUUUCCAUGUAGGUGUCAUUGAUACCUAGGAUAUCGCCAUUGCAUAUGGCACCAAUAGUAUCCACACACCUGAUCAUAUGAUUGGGAAUCAGAUUAGCAUGUACUUAAACUACAUUUGUUAA